UUCGUUAUUGCUGUAGUCUUGAUUGCUUUAGCUUUGGGUGCCAACUCCUCAGUUCUUCCUUUGAGACCAGUUGUCCUUGGUUGUCCUCUUCCCGGUACUGUAGUUCUUGGUGCUCAUCCACCAGCUGCUGUCACAGUGGUUAAUCCUCCCCAAGUUGUUGUUGGACCUGGACCAGUACAUGUUGUUUCCGAGUCUCUUCCUGCUGUUGUUGCUGCCCCUGCUCUAGUUGCCGCACCACCUGUUGUUGCUGGACCAGCUCUUGUUGCCGCGCCUGCCGUAGUCUCUGCUCACAGUGGUACUUUUGUUGCCAAGACUCGUGGUGCUGUUCAUGUUGCCCCUUUGGCCGGUCAUGUUAAAUCAGUUGCCUCAGUUAACCUUCGACCUGCUCCUGGAACCGUUUAA